AUGGAGGAUGCGGAGGUUGUUGUGAUGAACGGCAAGGAGCGCCUGAACGUGCCAUGCAAAUUGAGCUCAUCCUUCGGGGAGCUGAAGAGUAAGAUCUCGGAUCUGACAGGCGUCCCAGCCUCCCAUCAGAAGCUCAUCCACAAGGGGAAGGCUGCCGGAGUGAAGAGCGGAGAUAAGAUGAUGCUCAUGAAGUCGCCUUCCGCCGCCAAGGAUACUGCCAUGGAGGAGAAGAGGCUCUUGAGCGACAAGCGCAAGCAGGAAGCAGCUGAGUCCCAAAAGCUCCGGGACGAGCACCGAGCCGGAGCUCUCGAUGCACCGAUGCCGUUGGACCUGAGCUGUUCGCCUGCUGUUGCUAACCUUCCUCUCAGAACUCCUGCCAGCCAACAGCAGGCGACGACGGUGGUCGAGGACGAGAGGCUUCCUGGUGAGGCCGCGCUGCUCAUCUCUCAAGGAAAGGUGAAGUACAAGGUGGCGAUCGGGGAGGGGAGCCGGAGCGUGGAGGAGCUGAAGCAGAGGGUAGCGAAGCUGACGGGGGUAGACGCCAAAUUCCAUCGCCUCAUCUACAAAGGAAAGGAGCUGAAGGAUAAGGCUAGUGUGGAAGAGCUGGGGUUGAAGGACGGAGACAAGAUGCUUCUGCUCUUUGCUGAAGGACAUCACAAGGCUGUUGACGAGACGGCGCUUGUUGAGGAGCUGAAGGAGGACGUGACGGUCCUUGAAGGGGACGUAGGCAAGCUCAUGAAGAAGUGCGAGCACGGCUUGUUCGGCGACGAUCAGAACGAAAUAUCCAUCCGUCUCGGAGUCCUCUGCCAGGAAGGAGAGAGGCUCCUGGACAACAUCCGAUACCUCGAGCGAACGCCAGAGGGCAGGGACCUCCGGUCGUCCGCAGAGGAGAAGUUAAAAUCUCUCAUGCAGACGCUCGAGAGUCUGAGGAUGAAGCAUGUGGUCGGAGCCCAUAGGAAAUGA